AUGAAUAAAGGAAACCGUACUUCUUCACAACUUUGGAGUAUUCUUGCACGCGCGGUCAAGUGUAGUUACAGAGAAGGAAAACCUAAAUUAUCUUGUAGCAGGCACUUUGAAACUAGUCCUUUGACGAAAAAGGUUUUUGAAGUCCAUCUAUUAGAACAACCCGCCGAGAUAGAUGAAAAUACAUUAUGGUUGGAACUUGUACCGCGUCCGGUUAUUCACCAGUCAAAUGAUUCACUUGAAUUACCCACCAUUGUUUCUUCUUUACAUGUACGGAUCUAUAAAACACUUAGUAUCGCCAAAACAUCCGACUCUUGUAUGAAUCCAUUAUUAGAUGUGUUAACUGGUUUCGAUAACACAGGGAAUGUUCACUUAUGGUCUAGUGAAAUUUUAUUGGCCCAUAGUAUGUUCUUUGAUUGUCUUUAUCCUGGUCUAUGGAAUGAAUUGUAUAAUAAUUUUGAUGAUCAUCCGAUUGAAAACGUCUGUGAAUUAUGUGCUGGUAUGACUGGUGCUGCUGGUUUAGCUAUUUCUUUACGCAAAUAUUCGAAUAUAUUUAAAACAUCAUAUGUGUUGAUUACUGAUGGUAAUGAUCAAUGUGUUGCAUCUAUCUCCUCUAUUAUUGAGCAUAAUUCUAAACGCUUAUUGGAUAAUUGCAAUCUUGAUCAAGCUUUCCUGUUACAUGUGGACGUAAAAAAUAUACGAUGGCCAGAAAAUUCUUCACGGUCAUCAUCGUCCUUGAUUGCUGAGCUAGAUGAAUCUUUAAUUCAUCGAUUUGAUUUAAUUAUAGCAGCUGAUUGUUUCUUUGACCAAUCCUACCAUCUCAGUAUGUUAAAUACAAUCAAUAGACUACUGUCUUCACAAUCUGGAUCAACAUUUCUAGCUAUUUCACCUUUACGUGGUAAUAGUUUGCAUAAUUUUAUUAAUUUGGCUUAUCGAAUGGAGCAAACUUAUAGUUGGACUGUCAAAUUAAUACCACCUUCAGACUACUUAUCAUCACAGUUUAUAAGUUAUUUAAUUGAUGAAUCAAAUCGUGUUCAAUUUAAUGACGGUGAAUUAGAUAAUAAAAUUGGUCAUUUGAUUGCUUUUACACGAACUAACUAG